CAUUGCAGCUUGCGGUCAGCAUUAUGACCGGCGCGACGACUCCGGUCGUAAGCGACGACGAGAGGAGGAGGAGGUGCAGCGCGUCGCGGCGGCGCCCGUCAACCGCAUGCCGUCGUCACCGGCGCCGGCGUCGGCGGCGGCGAUGGCCGGCGGCGGACUGAUAGUGGUGCUGCUGGUGCUGUCAGCGUGCGUGGUGCGCGGUGCUCGGGCAGACUGUCCGGUAGCGUGUGAGUGCAAGUGGCGCAGUGGAAAGGAGUCAGCCAUCUGCGCGUCUGCAAACAUGACGGCCGUGCCCAGGCACCUGGACUACGGCACUCAGCUGCUUGACCUUAACGACAACCCGUUGUACAGGCUGGGCAAGGACGCGUUCGCGGACGCCGACCUGCUCAACCUGCAGAAGCUGUUCCUGUCCCGGUGCCGAAUCAAGGCGCUGGACCGGUACGCGUUCCGCAAGCUCAACAACCUCGUCGAGCUGGACCUGAGCCACAACAGCAUACCAGUGGUACCGUCAGCCGUGCUCGAGUCAGUGCCCGAGCUCCGGGAGCUCCGGCUCAACGGCAACCCGAUCAUGAAGGUGCCAAACGGCGCGUUCACUCACGUCCCACGGCUAGUCCGGCUUGACGUAUCGGGGUGUCGAGUGGCACUGCUCGAGUCCACCGCGUUCGCCGGGCUCGAGAACUCGCUCGAGUGGCUCCGGCUUGACAACAAUCAGCUGCGUGACGUCAAACCGUCCACGGUCGUGUCGCUGGCCCGACUGCAUGGUGUCCAGCUCAACGACAACCCGUGGAACUGUUCGUGCAAGCUGCGACCGCUCCGAGAGUGGAUGGCUAGGCGGAACGUGCCUUUCGGCGCACCACCUGUCUGCAAGACACCCGUCCGGCUAGCCCGGACGCCGUGGGACAAGCUCGAGCUAGAUGACUUCGCGUGUGAACCACACUCGGUGCCCGUGUCGGCCGUUGUGGUAGUUACCGAGGGCGACAACGCCACCGUAUCGUGCCGUAUGUACGGCGUGCCCAUACCAUCGUCCAGGUGGACUCGCAAUGACCGACCGUUGAGCCAGACGGGCCACAGCGUGCCGGUCACCGAGGGCCGGUAUACGAACCUCACCAUCGUGUCGGUGGUCGCACAGGACGGUGGAAGUUAUGCUUGUGAGCUGGAGAACCGGUCCGGUAGCUCCCGAUCCAACGUCACCGUGGUCGUGGUCAAACGGUCUCCGCAGCUGGUACUGGGCGCAGAUCGAUACGCUCUGCCUGGGCUCAUCGUCGGCGUUAUACUGGUCCUGUCCUUUUGCCUCAUAUUUCUGUGUGGGCUGGCCAUCCGGUCCAAAGGCAGCCCGACCGGUUCCCGCGGCGUCCCGGUUUCCGGGCCACUCGACUCCGCCGUGGCCAAUAUCGAUGCCGAUCCGUUCGACCGGUAUGAGAAGAUCGAAAUGGACCGGGACGACAACAAUAAGUCGAUGCAGCAUCGCCUGCACCAAUUUCCGGCUUCGUCUUCUGAUAUGAACGGCCGACCGGAUCCUCCGGGUUACGCAGAGUCGGCGGCCACUUCUAGCGGACUUCUGCACCAUCGUCACGACGAGCACGAAGACUACGACGGACUACCGCCAAUCGACGAGCCGCCCUCUUCAACGGCACCGUCCAUCACAGAUCGGCCGACCGCUCGUCCCAGCCAUCCGACCACUAACGUCCCGCACAGGCCGCGUAUUUUGCCGGAUGAUCCAAAGGAUGGGAAAAAGAAAACUUAUUUAGAGUGUAACUUGGGUGAAGUAACGUUACAUCAUCAUGUGUUACAUAAAGAAUCUCUUCCGGCAGGUCACCUUUACACUACUGCGGCAGGUCGACAGGAAUUAUUUAAUACGAAAAAUGUGCCUGACCUAUUGGACACAUUAGUUCCUACCAAAGGUCGCCGAAUUUCGCAAACACUUCCUAGGUCAGGAAUUAGCUCAAAUAGCAGAAGGAACACUGUGUACACACCAAGACCAUCGGAAAGUCAAUCUCCUUUACUACUAGGAAGUCGUAGCAGUGGUGGCAGCAAUACCAGUCGAAGCCAACUGUCCUUUGAUUCGUCCAUAUCGUCCGAUCAUCCAAGGCAACUGACGGCCGGUCAGAAGUCAAGCAGUUAUCUGAACCUGUCCACAGCCAGCUGUGGUGGUGGCGGCGAUUACAGUGGUGGGUCUUCGGGUGGAUACCAUCACCAACACCACCCGUCGUACUAUUGGACGCCGCCCAGCUUACCGUCAUCGCCUGCCAGAGAGCGUCGCCUGCCCGCGAUACCGGUGGGUCGUGGCGCCGGACUACCCACCGCGGCCGCUGAGACCCCCAUACUCGAUCCACUGUCGUCCAGGCGGCGGACUUACAGCGGAACGGGCGGGGGUGGUGGUCACCAUUACCACAACCACAGCAACGGAGGCAGUGGUAACCAGAUGCACAACCAGUUGACCGGUAGCAACCAUUCGCUACUGUCUAUGUCCGACGGAGCGUCCGUCACGUACGACUAUCACACAGCUCAACUGGACAUGUUUCUGGAUGAGUACAAGACGCUCAGGAAAGAGCUGACCAAGAUGCAACGGACGUGUGACACGCUUCGGCUUUCCAACGCCUCGCUGGCAUCUUCGGUCGCCGCCCCAGACGCAGUCGACCAUCGGUCCAAACCGGAACCAUUAGCCGCUCCCGCCGCGUCGUCAUCGUCAUCGUCGAGGACCACACCCAAGUCGAUACUCAAGAACAAGAACCAAGCCACUUACGUCUACCGGCCUGUUGGCGAGCGGCGUAACAGUUACCACCAGCUGAACCCGGCACCCGACGACAUUUAUCUGAGUUAACCUCGUCGUCCUGCUCACCGGAGAAACCUUCAAAGACCGACGCCACAUUAAUAUAACAUUAUUAUUAUUAUUAUUUUCUUAUUAUAUUAAAUAACCGUAUAUAUAAGACACCACAUUAUGCUCGCAUAUAACCCGUAUAAUCGUAUAUUCAUGUGAAGUGUUAAACUCGAUCUCUCUAACUCCAGUGGCGUAAACAGAGAAGUGAUGUUAUUGUAACCAGACAUUACCAUUGAAACGACACACACAUCAUUUAUAUUUUACUCAUAAACCCCCAAACACAUGUAGAGAAAAAAUGUCGAUAUCCGUAACCCCCCUCCCCCACACAAAAAAAACAUAGAAAAAGAAAGAGGAAUCCUGGUUACAUUACUUAGUAACUCUCUUUCUGGUAAUUGUAUUUACAAUUAUUACCAUUCACUGCAGCUGGUUUGUUGUUGAUUGAACGGAAGUGGCUUUAACACAAACUCACAGUGAGCUUCGGGCCACAAUAAAAUAAAAAAGUAUAGUCGCCCAUUAAUAAUAUAACAAUAUUUAAAACACCAUCGAUGAUCUAAUUUUCACGGACCUUAAAAGGUCGUUUUUGAAAGCGUUUCGUUUUAUAAAAAAAAUAUAAAUUAUAAAUUAUAUCGUUAAGCAAACUUACUAUAACGUUUGUAUAAUGGUUAAAACCAAAAUGACAUGCAAUAACAUCCAUGGUUCGAUAUUGAUGGAGUUGUUUCUCUUAUCUUAAUGUUUAAUAUAAAUUCUAUUGGGUUAAUUUGAUUAAACCAUAUGAAAAACAUAACAUUUCAAAAGACGAAAGUAAUCAUAAUAUGGCAUGCCGUAUAUGGUGUAUAUAAUAAUAUUAAGUUAUUAUUUUACAUCAAAAUUAUUCAAUUAUAUAUUUGUUUAUUCUCGUUGCUUUAUAUCAAGUUCAUCAAUUAAUCUUCUUUUAAUUUCGUGGUGGGGCUAAUAGUUUAAAAUUUAUUUUACUAAUAUUUCAACGAUUUCCGUUUCAAAAAACUAUAAGAAUAUAAACCAUAUAAAAUACGAAUGUUUUAAAAAAAUAUUGAAACAAAUAUAAACCAUUAAAAUCACAUCAUUGUACUGAGUAUUCAUUUUUGAAUUCAUAAAAUUAUUACAUGUACUCCUAUCAAACAUUUAAGUGACAAUAGUUUAAUAUUUAGUUUUCAAAAAGUAAAAUUAUCUGCUUUUUAAUUUUAUGAGAAUAAUAUUGUUGUAUAA